AUGCUACAUUUCAAGUACUUCAGUUAUACAAUUAACUGCUUCUGUUCUUCAAAGCCAAUUCUCUACCAGUUUUCGUUUCGAACUUUUUCUGCUUGCAAUCGAAGUAUUGAAUUCGAUGGAAAUGUUCCCGAGGGUGUUUCAUUAGCUUCUGGACGUAUUACUUCUCCCAAUUAUCACCAUUCCCCUUAUUUGGCUAAUUCUAGUUGCACAACAAAGUUAAUUGCAGCCGAGGAUCAUCGUCUCUUUCUCGUUUUUAAACAUUUUGAAUUAGAAAGGGGCCGUCACAGAAUGUUACCUCAAUCAAUGUUAUUUCAUCGUUUUCGACCAUUUGGUAUUAAUUCAGAUAAUUUCAUUGGUACAGCAACGAGGGGGCUGAUAAUUGUUUAUAUGAUUAUUUCAAUAUUUGUUGUUUAUCAUCAAAUAAUCAAUUAA